GCUCUCAGCUCACUUACUCGUGGUCGACAGCUUUAUUGGCCAUAUAACAACGUGUAAACGUCGCUGGGAUGCCGCGGAUCGAGGAUGAGAUUUACAAGCUUAAUUCUGAAAUUGACAAGUUUCUGGCUGAGGAGGGAGAUGGAGACAGCGGCGACGAGGGCUCGAGUGCGGAAGCCGUGACGCUUCGCCCCAAGCCCGGUGCCAUCACGCCCCUUGGCGUCCGCGUUGACCGGGGGGCAGGCUUCUUGGGCGCCAACGGAGCAACAGCAACGAUAGGGGAAAUGGACUCAACCCUGGCCAACAUCCGGGCCUGGAAGCAGAAGCACGAGCGGGAGAUGCUGGAGAUGCGCCAGCGAAACGAGCAGCGAAACGAGGCGCUUGCACAGGCUGCUGGCUCAGGCGAUGCCAAGCUAGGCGCCCAGCCUGGAGCUCCUGCACCGGAUGUCCCGGGUGAUGCACUGCAGGCGGCAGCGCAGGGUGCAAUUACAACGGCGCUGGGGGAUGAGGCUGAUGCCGAUCUGCGCGAGUUGACGCGGGAGAGGCGCGAGCGGCAGGAGCGCCUCGUGUCAGGCAUACGACAAAAGUACUCAGCGGCAGAGGACGGCUCGGGGCUGGGUAGAGGCGGGGUAGAUGGCGGCGGUAUAGGAGCAGGAUCGGACGGCCCGGCGGCGCAAGCACUGCUGGCGGCCAGCGGAGUCCGGGCGUCUCGGCCCAGCGUGAGCCACCCCCCGCUAGAAUCCUUGCUGCGAGAUCUUAACGUGUGGAGCUCAGUAGACCCAGCAACCUCGGCGGCAGUGGGAGCGCGAGUAACGUACAUGCCUCCUGGUACCUCGGCGGGACUGGACCGGCCCAUCAGCGCAGCUCGCAAGAAGGCGGAGGUGGCAGCCAAUGCGGCAGUGCUUCGUGGCCAGCAGCUGAUGGCGGAGCUAGAGGCGGAGCUGAGGGCGCUGGAGGGCCCGGGAGGUGCUGGCGGCGGCGGCGGCGCCGACGCCGGUAGUACUGCUGCGAGGCCAGGGGACACCCUGGGUGAUGUGGCCUCGUUCACUGGGAUGCGGGCGUCAAGCUUCGCCCGGCCAGGCAGCGGUAGUGGGCCACUGGGCGCGGUGGACAUGAACGGCAGGAGUGCAGCUGGCGUCUCUGAAGCAGGAGGGCUGGGCUUCUCCGGGUCCGGGGGCGGGGUCGGCGGGGCGGCAGCGGACGCGGGGCUCCCUUUGGACCCGCUGUUGGACUGGUCGGUGCAGCUGCAGGGCGUGCUUGCCAGAAUGGAUGCGCUGCAGACCGGGUACCAGGCAGGGGCGCUGGCGGCAGCAUGCGGCGCGGACACAAGCAGCCGCCCUGGCAGCGGCCGUGCCGGCGGCUCUGGCGCCGGCAGCGCGGCCGGGCUCCGCACUGCAUCGGCAUCGUCGCUGAUGCCGCCGCGGCCGGGCAGCGCCCGCAUCAAGCUGGACCCGCUGCCGCAAGCGCCAGCGCUGCUAGCUGCCGCCGCAGCUGCGGCCGCGUCAGGGUCUGCAAGGGGGCAGCCCGGCGCAGCAGUGAAGAGGUCUGGGUCGAGUGGCAGCACAAGCAUGGCUGGCGGCGGUACACAACAGGAAGAUCCGGGCCCGGGUGCCGGGUCGGAGUCGGUGCACUUCGCCGGCAGCCGCAUACGGCAGCUGCGUGAAAUGCAGCGUCAGGACUCUGCGCAGUAGCAUAGGUGGCCCUUGUGUGGUGCGGUUGCAUGGUGCGGGCGAGCCAUAGUUCAGCGUGAUGCAUUCAUGCAGGGUAAUGAUUGACUGACUGACUGCCGGCUGUCUGACUGCCGGCUGCCUGGGAUUUGGGAGGCACGCCUCCACCCACGUUGCCGCUGUUGCUGGGCCGCGACGCAGGCACGACGCAGGCCCCGCCGCCGCAGCGCCAGCGAGCGUGCGGUCGGCUCGGGCAUCUGGCAUGGUGGAUAGAAUGGUGACUAUCGAGACUGGAAGCGAACUCGUCGUUCUUGUGUAAUAAUUUAUAGAU